AUGGCAGCAACGACAUACGAUGCCAUCAUCGUUGGGGCGGGCUUCAGUGGGAUCUAUCAGCUCUACCGUCUACGACAGCUUGGACUAUCCGUCAAGGUAGUCGACAUGGCCGGUGAUGUAGGCGGGACGUGGUACUGGAACCGCUACCCAGGCGCCAUGUCAGAUACCGAGAGCUUUGUGUACAGAUACUCCUGGGAUGAGGACGACUUGCAAACAUAUCCAUGGUCGCACCACUACGUGAAGCAACCAGAUGUACUGGCCUAUCUCGAGCACAUAGUCGCCAAGCACGACCUACGAAGGGACAUCCAGUUCAAGACAGAGUUGGUCUCGGCUACCUGGAACAAGAACAACAGUCGGUGGCAGGUCGAGCUCGAGCACGAAGGCACCAUCCAACAACACAACGUCAAAUACCUCAUCACAGCACUCGGCGUCCUCUCGAAACCCAACUAUCCCGACAUCCCCGGCAUCGACACCUUUAGCGGCACCCUCUGUCACACCGCAGCCUGGCCCAAAGACCUCGACCUCCACAACAAACGCGUUGGCAUAAUAGGCAACGGCUCCACCGGCGUCCAAGUCAUUACCGCCAUCGCUCCUCAAGUCAAACAACUCCUCUCCUUCCAACGCCACCCACAAUACAGCGUCCCCAGCGGCGACCGCCCUGUGGACCCCUCAUACCGCGCCUGGGUCAACGAGAACUACCCCGCCAUCAUGACCCAAGUUCGCAACUCCAUCACAGGCUUCGGCUUCGAAGAAUCCACCACCGCUUUCGAAGACAUCCCACCCUCCGACCGCGAAGCCAUCCUCCAACGCCUCUGGGACGCCGGGAACGGCUUCAAGUUCAUGUUCGGCGGCUUCUCUGACAUCGCCACCAACAAGACCGCAAAUGAAGCCGCCGCCUCAUUCAUCCGCAAGCAGAUCUCAAACAUAGUGACGGACCCCGAAAAAGCGCGCAAACUCACCCCACACGACCACUACGCCCGCCGCCCCCUCUGCGACGGCGGCUACUACGCCUCCUUCAACCACCCACACGUAGACAUCGUCUCCCUCCAAGAGACACCCAUCACUCAAAUCCUGCCCCAAGGCAUCCAGACUGCUGACGGCAAGACCCAUGACCUCGACGUAAUAAUCUUCGCCACCGGCUUCGACGCAAUCGAAGGCAACUACAACCGCGUGCGCAUCCGCGGCCGCAACGGCACCACUUUGCGCGACCACUGGGCUCCACAGGGCCCGACCAGCUAUCUGGGCGUGGCGGUUCCGAACUUCCCCAACAUGUUCAUGAUCUUAGGUCCGCAGGGGCCGUUCACGAACAUGCCGCCUGCGCUCGAAGCACAUGUCGACCUGGUUACGGACCUAAUUGCUCAUGCCGAAUCAGUGUCGGCGGGCACAGGGGCGUCGAAGCCAGCGAUCGAAGCAUCACCCCAAGCAGAAGCCACCUGGCUGCGCAAAUGCGACGAAGCUGCCGAAGGCUCGCUAUUCAAAGAAACAGCGAGCUGGAUCUUUGGGCAGAACGUACCCGGGAAGAAAUAUGCUCUGAGAUUCUAUUUCGGCGGACUCAAGAAAUUCUACGAGGAGAUGGAGGCGAUGAAGGCUGAUGGAUUUCGCGGAUUCCGAUUUGGGGCGGGCGAUGUCACCGGCGAGGCUGCGAGUCUGGCGACUGACAGUGCCGGCGAUCAGGAGGAGGAUGAGGCAGUGCCACAACAACACAAGUGGGUCGAUGAGGAGAGGAGGGGGGAAGGGGCUGUACGGUCGAGUUUGUGA